AAGAACAUAUGGGUCGCAGCGGGAGAUGGCGACCUGGACCGCGUCAGGCCCGUUGACCACGCUCGUAUAGCGAUGUCUCCGAACGUCCCUGAUCCGAACACAUACACGCCGAUGCACGCAGCCGCUUCCUACGGGCAUCUGAAUGUCCUAGAAUACCUCAUUUCCCGCGGCGGAGAUGUGAAUGUCACCGAUAACGACGGAGAUACACCGCUGUAUGUGGUCGAGAACGUGGAGACGGCCCGCUUCCUGGUAGAGCAUGGCGCGACCAUCAACCGUCAGAACGACGAGGGUAUUUCGCCCGCACAGCAGCUCGAGGAGGACUUCCCCGCAGUCGCGGCAUAUCUAGAAGGCUUGGAGACGGCAGCUACCGGCGGCGAUGGCGCAACUUCCGUCGAGAUGCUUGAACAGCCUUCUCAGCAUGCGCAGAACGCUGCUUCGGAAGACCUGACGUCUUCGCUGCUCCAAUCGGUGCAAGUUGUCAUGCAGCGCGCCGAAGCGGAAGGACGGGAGGCGUCGGACGAGGAGCUGAGACAAAUAGUAAGCAGGGCGGUCCUCGAUGGCGUUGUGACUGGCUAUGGUAUGAGC